AUGAGGCUAGUGGCGCCAAUCGCUCGCUCCACGCUCGCGCACUCGUCGCGCCUGUGGACGCCAUCGGACCUCGUCCAGUACUACGAGUCGCCUUUUGCCAGCUGGAUGGACCGGCUCGCGGCGGAGCAUCCAGCGCACCCGCUCGCCGCUCGCCGCGACCCGCCAGAUCCGUUCCUCUCCAUGCUCGGGAAGAAGGGCAUGGCUGGCGAGCAGGAGGCGAUGCGGAAGCUUUUCCUCGGCCUCGGCCUCGGCGUCGCCGACCUCUCUGCGGAGGCGCGCGGCGACGCGCUGGCUCAGAGGGCUCUCGUGACGGCCGAGGCGAUGCGGGAGCGGCCGGACGUCAUCUACCAGGCGCCCCUGGCGGCGGGCUCCUUUGCGGGCGUGGCUGACUUUCUGGUGCGCUCCGACCUCCUCGGCCGCGACGAGGCCUCGCGAGGCGACCCGGCUCUCUACACGGUGUGGGACGCAAAGCUGACGCGGCACGUGCGGCCGCAGCAGCUGAUCCAGCUGUGCUGCUACGCCGAGAUGCUCGCCGAGAUGCAGGGCGCGCGCCCGGAGACGGUCUCCCUCGUACUCGGCGGCUCCGCCGCCCGCGUCGCCAGCUUCCGGCUCGCAGAGCACCGCGCGCACUUUGCCAGCCUGCGGCGGCGCUUUCUCGCCUUUCACGCCGGCUUCGACGCCGCCGCAGAGCCGCCGGCCGCGCCGACGCGCUCUGCGCCCGCCGGGCAGUGGCGCGGGCUCGCCGACGCGGAGCUGCUCGCGCGGGACGACCUCCGCCUCGUGGCGCGCCUCUCGCAGCGGCAGGCGGCGCUGCUCUCCGCCGCCGGAGUCCGGAGCGCGGCAGCGCUGGCGGAGCUGCCGCCCGGCCAGGCUGUCGGCGGGGUCGAGCGGGCGGCGCUCUCGCGGCUGCGCGAGCAGGCCUCCCUGCAGCUGCAGGCGCGCGGCGCCCCCGACGAGCCGCCGCCCUACCGCCUUCUCCCGUGGAGCCGCGCCGCCGGCCUCGCCCUGCUGCCGCCACCGUCGCCGUCCGACCUCUUCUUCGACCUCGAGGGCUUCCCGCUCGCGGAGGGGCAUGCGCCCGAGGGGCCGGCCGCGCCGCCGGAGAGGCUCGCCGACUUCGCGGCGAACGGCGCCGCGGACGAGGCGGCGCGCGGGCGCGAGUACUUGUGGGGCGCGGCGACGCGGGGCGGACACGUCGCGGCGAGCGCCGCGGCGGGCGGCGGCGGCGGCGUCGGCGCGGCGCUCUUCGAGAACGACGACGAGUUUGUGGCGUGGUGGGCGCACAGCUACGCGCAGGAGAAGGCGGCUCUCGAGGGCUUCGUCGAUUGGGCGGUCUCGCUCAAGCGGUCCGAGCCGCGCAUGCACAUUUACCACUAUGGCGCGUACGAGGUGUCGGCGCUGCGGCGGCUCGCGAUGCGGCACGCGACGCGGGAGGCGGAGGUUGACGAGCUGCUGCGCGGCGGCGCGCUGGUGGACCUGUACGCGGUGGUGCGGGGCGGGCUCCUCCUCGGCACCGAGAACUACUCGAUCAAGUCGGUCGAGAAGCUCUACCGCGGCGGCGGCGGAGGAGGCCGCGACACCGCCGUGGCCAAGGGCGACCAGUCCGUGGUGGUCUACGACGCGUGGCUCGAGGCGCCGGACGGGAGCGACGCGGCCUCCUCCGCGACGCUCGCGAGCCUCCUCGAGUACAACCGCGACGACUGCAUCUCCACCAGGCAGCUCGCCGACUGGGUCUGGCGCUUGCGCACCGAGCACCCCGCCGCCCCGCCCGCCGCCCCGCCCGCCGACGCCGGGCCGGCCGCCGACGAUCCGUCGGGCGGCGCCGCCGCCCCCGCCGCCGCUCUGUCGGAGAGGGCGGCCGAGGAGGCGGCCGAGGUGGAGGAGCUCGAGCGCCUCCUCGCGUCGUCCACCGAGUGGCCCGAGGGAAGCCCGCUGGCGAGCGAGCAGGUCCGCUCCACCCUGUCGGCGCUGCUGCACUUCCACAAGCGCGAGGCCAAGCCCGGCUGGUGGCGCCGCUUCGACUGGCUCGCCGCGGCGCCCGAGGCGAUGGUGGAGGACGAGCGCACCCUCGGGAUGCUCCGCCGCACCGGCGCACCGCCCUACAAGACGAGCCCGCGCAAGCGGCGGAUGGUUUACGAGUACGAGGCGGAGCCGCAGCCGAGCAAGCUCGAGGCGGGCGCCGCCGUCGUGCUCUGCCAGCACGGGGGCGGCGACGCCGACGAUGGCGAGCGGGCGGGAGGGGUGGGCCUUCCCGCCGCCUUGGUGACGGCGGACGCGGCCAGCGGCACCUUCGGCGUCGAGUGCUCCGUCGAGCCCGCCGGGUGCAUCUCCCUGCUGCCCGACGAGUACGUCGACGCGUCCCCCAUCCCGGCGGCGGUGCGCGCGGCGGUGCGCUCGCUCGCGGAGCGGCCCGAGGAGCACACCGCACUCAGCUGCUUCCUCGCGCGCCGCCCGCCCCGCGCGCUCCAGGGCGGCGCCGGCGAGCCGGCGGCGGCCGCGUCGGUCUCGUCGGUCGUGGGUGCGGCGCUGCGGCUCGAGAGCGACUACCUGUGCGUGCAGGGGCCGCCCGGCACGGGCAAGACGUUCGUCGGCUCGCGCGCGGCGGCGGCGCUGAUCGCAGCCGGCCGGCGCGUGGGCGUGCUCGCGCACUCGCACGCCGCGGUGCACAACAUGGUCGAGAAGACGAUCGGGGCGCUCUCGCGCGCGGGCGCGCGGGGCAGGGUCGUCAAGAUUGGCGGCGACAAGGAGGAGGCGGCGCGGCUGCAGCGCGGCUGCGGCGAGGGGCUGCGCGUGGAGCGCGUGGCGAGCGCGUCGGCGCUCAAGGGCGAGCCGCUCGACGAGGACGUGCUGCUCGUCGGCGGCACGGCGUGGGCCUUCUCCAGCGAGGCUCUCGCCGGCCAGGUCGACGUGCUGCUGGUGGACGAGGCGGGACAGCUGCCGCUCGCAAACCUGGUCGGCGCUUCGCGCGCGGCGGACAGCCUCGUGCUGCUCGGCGACCAGAUGCAGCUGCCCGCGCCGUGCGAGGGCACCCACCCCGCCGAGUCGGGCCGCUCCGGCCUCGAGUACUUGCUGCGUGGCGAGCCGACCGUGCCGCCGUCGCUCGGCGUCUUCCUCUCCGAGUCGCACCGGCUGCACCCCGCCCUCUGCUCGCUCGUGUCGGAGCUGGUCUACUCGGGCCGCCUCUCCUCGCACGCCUCGGCCGCCCGCCGCUCCCUCGCGCUCGGGCAGCGGCCGCCCGCAGCCGGCUGCCCGCCUCGCUUGCGCCGCGCCGCUGGCGUCGAGUGCGUCGACGUCGAGCACCGCGGAAACAGCCAGUCGUCCUCGGAGGAGGCGCGCGUGGUGGCGGAGCUGUGCGAUGAGCUCCUCGGCGCCGACCUGCUCGACGGCGGCGGCGCGCCGCGCGCGCUCCGCUGGGAGGACAUCGUCGUCGUCGCGCCGUACAACGCGCAGGUCCGCCUCCUGCGCUCGGUGCUCGGCCCAAAGGCGCGCGUCGGGACGGUGGAUCGGUUCCAGGGGCAGGAGGCGCCGGUCGUGCUGCUGAGCCUGUGUCACUCCGACUUCGCGGCCGCCGACACGGCGGACGCCGGGCUCGAGGGUGAGGCGGCCGCCGCCGGCGGCGGCCGCGGCCUCUCGUUUGUGCUGAACCCGAACCGGCUCAACGUGGCGCUCACGCGCGCGCAGUGCCUGGCGGUGGUGGUCGCCUCGCCCCGCCUCGCGGAGGCGCCGGUGCGGUCCGUGCGGCAGCUGCGCGAGGUGAACUUCCUGGCGCGCAUCCGCGAGGUCGGCGGGGCGACUCCCGAGAUCGACGGCGACGAGCCGCCCCUCGGCGGGGGCUAG